AUGGAGAGAACUUUCCCAAAAGCUGAAGUGAUCUGGUGGAACGCAGCCUGCUAUCACGUACGAUGUCCAUUUUGCGAAGCAGAUCAUCGCCAUCGGGUCAACUCGUUGGAUUGGCAGGCAAACAAUCUCAGAAAAUCUCAUUGCGAAACAAGCGAGACAUACUUCUGCUGCUUUCCCAUGAAUGAGAAAGGUGAGGUAGCCUACGAAAUCAACAAGAAACGCGGUCGAUACGUCAAUAUCUGUGUUGCGGAUGAUAGUGAUAAUGAGGAUGAUGAUGGCGAUAUUGAUCAGCUGGCAGCUAAUCUAGCUAAGGCUACUACCGCCGCAGCAGACGAAGAGGAAAUUACUAUGAAUAUCCCAGAAGAUGCAAAAGAAUUAGUCACCGUCGACUUAGGAGAUUUCCCGCUUGACCUAGGAUGCGACGUCCAGCCAUUUAAACAGAAACGGAUUGUCCAGUCUAUCUGCGACUGUAUUGCUGGGCACACUAAAGCGGUUCAAGAAUACUUGGAGACAUCUAGUGAGGUUCAGUUGUUUGUUCGAGGGCGGUUUCCCUUCAACGGUAAAACAACCCUCAUCCGCGCAGCAGCUGAGAGUAUCCCAGAGAUGCUGUCGCUUCUCAUCGAACACGGAGCAGAUGUGAAUGCUGUUGAUAACGGCGGAAGGAGCGCUCUAAUGGAGGCAGCGCUCUUUGGGCGGGUGAACAAUGUCAAAGUACUCCUACAACACGGUGCGGAUACCAAUAUCCGGGACGUCAAAAAUCGACUGGCAGUUUAUUUUGCUCAGGAGCAUGACGAACUUCGAGAGGAAAGAAACGAUCGUACUGAUGACUAUUUUGAGGACACUCCCAGAGCGGCACUCGAUCGCCGGGAAAUUGUUCGCCUACUUAGCGCAGAGAGACGAAAGUCAAAGACCGCUUUUGGAGAACCACCCACUUUAUCAUUGUCUCGGUCCUAUAGUUUCACGUCUUCCAGUAUGGGAGAGCCCAAGUCAACCAGGAAGUUGAUACCAUCUGAAUUCGAGGAGAUAGUAGCGCGACUAGAAAGAGGAGGAAAAUUCGCGUCUGUUGCUGCUAUAAGCCGAUUGACAACAGUUCCUGGGCAAACCCUCAGUGUUAGGGGUCGCCAGUGGAUAGAUGAUGUCUUUUACAUUGCCACAAUAGUGGGUCAUCAUUUUCCUUCCUAUGGCCAUGAUGAGGAUAUUGCCUGCCACGCAGAAAAGCAAUUGAUAGCAUAUUUCAUCGAUCGCCAUGUUUUCCUUCCACGCGAUCUCCUGCCGGAUCCGAAACUAGGAGAGGAAUAUGAUAGGACACAGGAUGAGUUUGAAAGGUUCUAUUCAACCAGCGAGAGAGGACGGGAAGUGACUCGUCUCCGGAAAAGCAAGCGGGACUUGAAGUACGAGCUCAUGUGUAAAACGGAAGAACUCGUCAGAAAAGACGAUGAGUAUCAGGAACUGGAGGCAAAACUCAGGGCUGUUGAAGCGAUACUAAACCGGAUGAACGCUAGUCCUCGCGCGCGAUUAUUGCGGGAGCUAGAAUGCAAACUGGAGAUCCUAGAUACGCGACGAUGGAGACGUCGAGACCUGAUCAGGAUGGCUGAAGCACCACCGCUACCGGCUACAUUAUCAAAAGCAGCCAUAUUGGUCAAUAAAGCUCCUUGUGAUGAUUGCAAAGCGUUCACGGACAAAGUCAACAAGCACUUUGGAUUGUCUAUCCAAUUGUUUGCAGCAGUUUGA